AUGGCCGGCAGGGCAGCAGAACCCGGGGCCAGAGUGCGGGCCUUAGCCCCGGACACCCCAGAGCUUGUCCACAACUACGGCUCGCUUAGCCUGCACGAGCUGAGGGCGCGCGAGUUCCGCCGUCUGGCAGGAACUGUCUACCUCGACCAUGCGGGAGCCACGUUGUUUCCCCAGAGCCAGCUCACAAACUUCACUGAGGACCUCAUGAACAACGUUUAUGGUAACCCGCACAGUCAGAACAUCAGCAGCAAGCUCACCCAUGACACCGUGGAGCAGGUGCGCUACAGGAUCCUGGCUCACUUCCACACCAGCCCGGAGGACUACAGCGUGAUUUUCACUGCCGGCUGCACGGCCGCACUCAAGCUGGUGGCAGAGACAUUUCCGUGGGAGUCCCAGGGCCCAGCGAGUGGUGGCAGUCACUUCUGCUACCUCACCGACAGUCACACAUCUGUGGUGGGCAUGAGAAAGGCAAUCACAGCCGUGAACGUCACGUCUACCCCUGUCACACCCGAGGACUUGAGGGAGAGCUCUGCUGCAGUCAGUGACCCGGACUGCCAGCUCCCACACCUCUUCUGCUACCCGGCCCAGAGUAACUUUUCUGGAACUAGAUACCCUCUGUGUUGGAUAACAGAGGUCCAGGCUGGGCAGCGGUGCCCUGUGAACACUCCUGGGAAGUGGUUUGUGCUGCUGGACGCCGCCUGCUAUGUGAGUACUUCGUCUCUGGACCUGUCGGCGCAUCCGGCUGACUUUGUUCCCAUCUCCUUCUACAAGAUCUUUGGGUUCCCUACUGGCCUGGGCGCUCUGCUGGUCAGUAAACGUGUGGCUCCCUUGCUGCGGAAAACCUACUUUGGAGGAGGCACCGCGGCUGCCUACCUGGUUGGUGAGGACUUCUACAUCCCAAGGCAUUCGGUGGCAGAAAGAUUUGAAGAUGGCACCAUCUCGUUUCUCGAUGUGAUUGCGGUAAAACAUGGAUUUGAUGCCCUAGAGCGCCUCACAGGUGGCAUGGAGAAUAUAAAGCAACACACCUUCUCGCUGGCGCGGUAUACCUACACUGCCCUGUCCUCGCUCCGGUACCCCAACGGAGCCCCCGUGGUGCGGCUCUACACUGACACGGAGUUCAGCAGCCCUGAGGUUCAGGGCCCAAUCAUCAACUUCAAUGUGCUGGACGACCGUGGGAAUGUCGUCGGCUAUUCCCAGGUCGACAAAAUGGCAUGUCUUCAUAACAUCCACCUGCGAACUGGCUGCUUCUGUAACACAGGGGCCUGCCAGAGGCACCUGCAGAUAAGCAACAACAUGGUCAAGAAGCAUCAUCAGGCUGGCCAUGUCUGCGGGGAUGACGUGGACCUCAUCGAUGGGCAGCCGACAGGCUCCGUGAGGAUCUCGUUUGGUUACAUGUCCACGCUGGAGGAUGCCCAGGCCUUGCUCAGCUUCAUCACGGCCACCUGGCUGCACUCAUCCAAGGGCCACCCUGCCCGUGUGGCCGCACCACUAGGGGUGCAGGAUGUGGCGAUGGUCCAGGAGGGAUGUGACCUUUCUCCUCAGGAAGGCUCCCUCCCCGACUCCCGGCUUCCGAUGGACCCGGCCACCCCUGUGAGCGUCCUGGGCCCAUCCUCGGCUGAGGCCGGGCCGGCCCUGCAGACGCCUUCAGAAGGAGCGGCGGGAGUGCCUGAUGGGGGCUUGGGGACACAUGUUGUCACCAACAUUUACCUCUACCCCAUUAAAUCCUGUGCUGCGUUUGAGGUGACCAGCUGGCCUAUAGGAAAGCAAGGGUUGCUGUACGACCGGAGCUGGAUGGUUGUGAACCACAAUGGCAUUUGUCUCAGUCAGAAGCAGGAGCCCCGGCUCUGCCUGAUCCAGCCCUGCAUUGACCUGAAGCAAAGGAUCAUGGUCAUCAAGGCCAAAGGGAUGGAACCUAUCGAGGUGCCCCUGGAGGAGAACAGUGAACAGGGUCGGAUUUGCCAGAGCAAGGUCUGUGCUGACAGGGUAAACACUUAUGAUUGUGGAGAAAAAAUUUCAAACUGGUUAUCCAAGUUUUUUGGCCGUCCAUGUCACUUGAUCAAACAGAGUUCAAGCUUCCAGCGAAAUGCCAAAGUGAAACAUGGAAAAGAUCAAUUUCCUGCUACGACAGCCACCCUUUCUCUGGUGAAUGAGGCACAGUACCUGCUGGUGAAUCAGUCGAGUGUUUGGGAACUUCAGCAACAACUAAGUACCAGUGAUGAGAAUGGAAAGGAGGAGUUAUUCCCAAUGAAAGACCUCAUUUCGCGUUUCCGGGCCAAUAUUAUUACCAAUGGAACAAAGCCUUUUGAAGAAGAGAAGUGGGAUGGCAUUUCGGUUGGUUCCUUGCAUUUUCAGGUUUUGGGACCUUGUCAUAGGUGCCAGAUGAUUUGCAUCGACCAGAAAACUGGGCAAAGGAACCAAGAUGUGUUUCAAAAACUUUCUGAGACUCGCAAGAGAAAGGUGAACUUUGGCGUGUACCUGAUGCAUACGUCCGUGGAUUUAUCUUCUCCGUGUUUCCUGUCUGUGGGAUCUAAGGUGUUCCCGGUAUUGAAAGAGAAUGUGGAACAUGCUGAUUUACCGGCUUCUGAGAAACACCAGGAUAUUCUCUCCUGAUCACACCCUGCCCCAGCACACAUAAAAGUUUCUCUGUUACCGCGA